AUGAGUGAGAAUUAUUAUAAAUUAAUAGCAAGUGCCAAUAUUCAACUUGAAGAAGUAGCCAAUGUCAACAGCGAGCUGGCGGGAGAUAGAAUGACAAGGUGCCUACAAAUCAAGCGUGGCUGCUUCUACGUUGCAAAAGCUAAUGUCUUCUGUGAGAAUGCUGCUCGUAGUAUUGGUUCUCCCAAUGACAAGGUGACACAGAUCAUUGAAUUCUCACCUCACCUUCUCAAAUCUCCAAGGGACUGUUGCAGAAAGCACAAUCGCUUACCAGCCUCUGAUGUUGUUUCUGGUGACUCAAUGGACUUUGAUAUUAACGGAGUUCCACUUUGUUGUUCCGUACCCGGUUAUGUUGUUCCAGAGGAUCUGGAUCCUUUCGCAAAUAUCACCACACAGACAUUGCCAGAGUCUGAUUACACUUACACCACAUCAGGUUACAAUACGGCGUCAACUUCAGUGACAGUCGUGACUACAAUGCCAUCAACGUCCUAUGGCAGCACCCAGUCAACAGCAACAACAACUGAUGGAUACACAGCGUCACCAAGUGAAUAUGGAACAUCCUACACUACGUACACAUCUUCUGGAGUGGUCUCGGAGCGCCCCAACUCGGAUAAAUACCCGGUGAAAACUACCGCUGAUUAUGAAAUAUCGCAAUUUACAACAACUGAGUCACCUAACCAAUAUUUCCCAUCUUCCUCCCACCCUACCCCUACGCCAACUUAUCCAUCCCCCACAACUACACCGACUUAUUCCUAUUUUUCGCCAACUCCCUUUAAUCCACCUUCGAGCGCGUCUUCGACAUACGAGGCAACAGCGACAACAGAGGCAGAAAUUGUCUGCGAGCCGGGUUUUAAGUGGAAUUCCGAGAAGCAGCUCUGUCUUCAUACAUUGGCUCGGUGCCCAAAGGGGAUGUAUCUGUCUGUUAGUCUCAACAAAUGCAUGCCAAAAAUUGGCGAUCGAUUCACUUGUCCCAAGGGCUAUGAAUACCGCAACGAUCUGAACGGCUGCGAAGUGGUGUUGACAGUUUUCACUGAUAUUGUGGCAGCUUUCGUAUUCUCUACAUCUCUCUCUCUCUCUCUCUCUGGGUUUUCGAGGUCGAAAAUAGAAACAGCUCAAGUUUUGGCCGCAGGUGCACAAUGGGUUGGCGCCAAGGUCAAUCACACUGGUCAAGUUAUCACCAUAAACGAAGAGAAGUAA